AUGAAAACUGUACAAUUUAAUAGUUUACCACGCUUCAAUUGUUGUUAUAAAUAUUCUUACAAUAAAUUUACUACUCAACAGUUAUCAGAUUUUCCAAAAACAUAUAAUUCUAAAGAAAUUGAACAUAAAUGGUAUCAAAUUUGGGAAAAAAACAAUUAUUUUGCUGUAAAAAAUGAUAAGGAAGCAACAUUGAAAAUGCUUUUACCUCCUCCUAAUGUAACUGGUACAUUGCAUUUAGGUCAUGCAUUAACUGUUACGAUUCAAGAUAUAUUAGCAAGAUGGUAUAGAAUGAAUGGUCAUUCUGUAAUAUGGAUACCAGGUUUUGACCAUGCUGGAAUUGCAACACAAAUGAUGGUAGAGAAACAUUUACUUAAAACAAAAGCGAUUAAUAAAUCAGAUAUAGGAAAAGAACAGUUUCUAUCAUAUGUUUGGCAGUGGAGAAACGAAAUGCAAAAUUCUAUAAGAACACAAUUAAAAGCUUUAGGUGCUAGUUUAGAUUGGUCCAGAGAGUAUUUUACAAUGAGUGAAAAUCAUAAUAAUGCUGUAAUAGAAGCACUUUUAAUAUUAAACGAACGAAAUUUAUUAUAUAGAAAAAAAGCUUUGAUUAAUUGGUCUACUACAUUACACAGCACAAUAUCAGAUAUUGAAGUGGAACAUUUAUAUAUUAAUAAAAAAACAGAACUUCAAGUGCCAGGAUAUAAGGAAAAGAUUACAUUUGGAGAAAUAGCACAUAUAGCUUAUCCAAUAAAAGAUUCAAAACAUGAGAUAAUAGUGACAACUAGUAGACCAGAAACACUUUUUGGAGAUGUAGCAAUUGCUGUUCAUCCAGAUGAUGAGAGAUAUGCAAAAUAUAUUGGACAACAAGUUUGGCAUCCUUUAAGAGAAACACAUAUACCUGUUAUAUCUGAUUCUUUAGUUGAUAAACAAUUUGGUACAGGUGUAAUGAAAAUAACAGCAGCACAUGAUCCUCUAGAUUACAUAAUUGCAAAUAAUCAUCAAUUAGAAAUUAUUGAAGUUAUCGAUGAAUGUGGAAACAUAACAGAAAGAGGCAAACAAUUCAAAGGAUUGCCAAGAUUUAUUGCACGAAGGGAAGUUUUAAAUGAAUUGUCAAAUAAGGGAAUUCUAAAAAGUAUUAGCGAACAUAAGAUGUGCAUACCAUUGUGCUCUAGGUCUCGCGAUAUUGUAGAAUAUUUACCAAGAGAACAAUGGUUUAUUAAGUGCAAAGACAUGGCACAAAAAGCAAUACAAACUGUAGAGGAGGGUCAUCUAAAAAUAAUACCUACUAUUCAUAAAAAAACGUUUUGUCAUUACCUUGUUAAUAUCAGAGAUUGGUGUAUUUCAAGACAAAUAUGGUGGGGUCAUUCUAUUCCCGCAUAUUGUAUAACAGCAGAAAGUAAAAGUGAAUGGAUAAUUGCAAGAACCGAAGAUGAUGCAGAGGCUAUUGUACAAAACAAAUAUGGUUCAUGUGUAAAAUUACAUAAAGAUCAAGAUGUAUUGGACACUUGGUUUUCUUCUGCUAUACUUCCCUUUGCAGUAAUGGGAUGGCCAGAAAAAACAACAAAUUUUAAAAAAUAUUAUCCCUUAACAUUAAUGGAAACAGGAAGCGAUAUUCUUUUCUUUUGGGUUGCAAGGAUGGUAAUGCUAGGAUUAGAAUUGACUGAUCGUCUGCCUUUUGAUGAAGUUUUGUUACAUGGUCUCCUAUGUGAUGCUUAUGGAAAAAAAAUGUCUAAAACCUUAGGAAAUAUUAUUUCUCCAGAAAAUAUUAUCAAUGGUAUUACUUUAAAUGAGCUCACAACACAAACAGAAAAAGGUCAUAAUGCUGGUGUUCUUGAUAAAUCUACUCUAAAACGAAUGUUAAAGGCAAAUAAGAAACUGUUUCCUAAUGGUGUACCAGAAUGCGGUGCAGAUGCGUUACGCAUGACAUUAUGUAGUCAUAAUAUUAAAAAUGAACAUAUUAACUUUGAUAUUAUGGAAUGUCAAGCAAACAAAUACUUUUUAAAUAAAAUUUGGCAGGCAAGCAAAUAUGUCUUACUUAUGACAUGGAAUAAAGAGUAUAAAAAACCUACAAAUCUGACAAUUAUUGAUCAAUGGAUUUUAAGCAGACUAUCCUUAAUGAUUAAUAUAAUCAAUGAUUCGCUCAUAAAACGAAAUUUUCACAUAGCCAUUCAAGCAAUGAGAAACUUCUUAUACUAUGAAUUUUGUGACUUUUAUUUGGAAGCAACUAAAUGGGGAUUUAAAAGUGAAAGCAUAAAUACACAUACAAGUCAUACAUACAGUUUGAGGAAAUGUUUAGAGGUAUUUUUACGUGCAUCUGCACCUAUAAUACCAUAUAUAUCUGAUGAUUUGUAUAAAAGAUUAUCAAACACAUUUCCAGAAUUUAUGUCAAUAUCAUCAUUAAUGGAAAUAGAGUAUCCAAUACCAGAACACUUCAGUGAAUGGAGAGACAUUUCUCUUGAUGAAAGAGUAAAUAAAGUCAUAAGCAUUGUAUUAAAAAUUAGAAGUAUUUUAGUAAGUCAUAGAAAAAAUCUACAAGUUCACAUUAUAAUUAAUAAGUCUGAAGAUUUAAGUUUUUAUAAUGAUGUGAUAAAUUUAAUUAAAGCUGGAAGUAAAAUUUAUGAUAUUGUUAUAUUCCCAGAAAAUAAUUAUAUACAAAAUGAAAAUAGUGUUUGUUAUCCUUAUACUUCUGAUUGUACACUAUCUAUUAUUACAAAGGAUUCCUUUGUUCUAGAAGAACUUAAGAACAAAGUUUUAAAUAACACAAUUACACAAAGGAAAGAAAAUUAA